ACUUAUGGUAGAACGUGUCUGGAGGUACCAUCCAGAUAAUGUCUCCCUCACAAAGCUGCCCAUACGCCGCCAAAACCUGAAAUAUGAACACAAAGAAAAGUGUGACAGAAUGAAAAGGGUCUGUCAUAGUGGAGAGAACAUAACAACAUGUUAUAAAGCUAAUGUUAGCUAGUGACAGUGACACGCUACCGUUAGCGUGUCACUGUCACUUGACGUACCUAAGCUAACAUUAGCAAACACUUUUGUAUAGAUUUGGCCCUAUGAUAUAUUGUUCAAAUAUAGCAUAAUAGGUGAGCUUUAAAGAAACACUCGUCACUCAUCCAUCACUUUUAGUUAUAAUUAGGGCUGGACAAGUUAACGCGUUAUUCUCGCAUUCAUUUGUGAGUUUUUUUUAUUAUUAUUAUUGUUUCUGAAUACCCAAACAAACCAUGGAUUGAAUUUAUUUGAAAACAAAUUGUAAACAGUAGAGAUAAUAAUUGUCAUCUCUAUCUCCAGUGGUCGCAACACUACUCAGGGUAAUCAACAUCAGCCCAUAGAGAGUGCAAAUAGGGUACAUUUCUAGUUAGAUCUGCCAUUUUGUCGCCUGAACAUGUAAGAAAUGGACUCAGCAGAACAGGUGUGCCUCAUCUGCAGCCGGGAGAAUACCAGCCACGCCCCCUGUCACACACCAGCCCUGCAGAGACGGAGAGACAGAGUAGUGAGGGGUAAAAGGAGCGAACAGGAAACAAUACAACAACCCAAAAAAAAACAUGCAUAAACAUAACAACUGAGUCUCCUGCUCCGUGUCUCUCUGAAGGAGAAUCAACGAUCUCAACUAACAGCAGAAUCUCUGAUGACACACACUGCUCCUCUUUGUGGAGUAAAGCAUGUUCCCUUCCUUCCUGCUCUCAAACGCAGCCAGCUGCUCCCUCUCAAGUUAUUUCAAGAGGAAGAUUGUCACCAGCCUGACCAUGCGCCAGCUCCCAGAGGCCCCGUCCCAGGCAAGCCUUCAGUUUUCUGGGGCCACUGAGGAGGACUUUGAUGAGAUCAUGGGCAUAAGCCAGGGUAUACUGGAUGGAGGCCUCGACUACAUGCCCACGAGAUACAUGGACUGGCUGCAGGAGACCAACCGCACCGUCAUAUUGGCCCGCAAACAGGGAAAAGUAAUUGCUCUGGAGUCAGUGUUUGUGAUUGACGAUGGGGAGACUAUGCUGGUGCAAGCACUACGUGUCGCCCCUCAGGAAAGAGGUAAGGGUGUGGUUGGGGUUCUGCAGCGCUUUUGCUCUGAUCUGGUCAAAUCCAAGUUCCCUGAUGUCAAAGUAACCCGCUUGUCCCGUGAAGAUCAGCUCGGACCCAAGGAUUUCCAGAAAUAUCGCCUCAUAACCAAGCAGGGUAUUUUCCUGGUGCGAUUCAGGGCUGAAGAACUCAAGCUGCGUCUGUCUGAUCUUGGUCUUGGAGAUAUUCAAUCUUCUUUGUCCACCUCCUUCAAACCUCCUCCAGUGCGUCUCGACAAUACAGCCAUCCGCCGGCUGUAUCUGACCUCUGAUCGGAUGCAUGGGGUCCUUCCUAAUGCCACCAUCAUUCAAGAUUCUCAGCCAUUCAAGCUUCUACCCAGUAACAUGGCUAUUCUACUGAAGAAGGACAUCGACUGGAUGGUCGAUGAUGUGGCCAACCCUACUGUGACCAGCCUCUGUACAUUCCCUUACAGGGUGCCCAUUGGAGAUGACUGGUAUUACCUGAACAUUGACAUGUUCGGCAAGGAGCUGGAUCCUGUCCGACAGCAGUUCCUGUGCCACCUGCAGCGCCACACUGCCACUCUGAAGGGUCACGUGAUGUGCCAGGUGUUCCUGGACCCCCCACUCUGGAAGCCCAUGGUGGAAUUCUGCCUCAACAUCUUGAACGUGGAGCUGGUGAAGGAGUACACCGAGCAAUACGUGCUGGAGUCAGACGUCAUCUAGCUACGGGAGGUGGAUGGAGAGGAGUAGGAGACGUUGGAGCCAGAAAGGAAUAAGGACAAGGGGCAAAACAACAAGGAGUGCACACAACUCAAUUGGUGGUACAAAUGGUACAAAUGUUUGUCAGCAGCUUGAAAAUCAAAACUGCUCCACCUGUUAAAAAUCUGCUCAAAGAUUGUUGUUCAACCCUGUCAGAGACUCUAUGACCUAUCAUAACAACCUAGUGAGGCUGUCCAACAACAUAAUCUCUGACCCAAACCAUGCUCUGAACAGUGAAUAUGAACUGCUACCAUCUAAUGGAGAUACAGGGUCCCACCAUUCAAUAAGGUCAGACUGAAGCACUCCUUUGUGCAUCAGUCAAUCCUCUCAGUAAACACAGAGCUGAUCCCAGAUCAGAUGCACGCUGAAGGCUCUCUUUCGUCUCACUGAUUGUACUGUUAUGUUAAAUGUUUGUGUUUCAUGUAUUGUGUCUGGAUAUUUGUCUGUUGAUGUUGGACAUGGAGCUGCUAUCUGACAAAUAAAGUAAUAUCGUAUCAAUUACACAAAAACACAACCCUUUGUAAUGAGGAGGUAGAAACCAGGCAAACAAAAUGUAGGUUCUACAAAACAAAACAAGUUUUUGAUGGUAGCGCAGUUUCAUUUAACCAGUUAAACCCCACGGGGGCAAAACGCAACAUCUUGCAAGAAACAGCGUCUGAGGGCUUCUUAACAUUUAAUAAACUACAAACAGACAUCAGACAAUGUAGCAUUACGGAGCAAACACAGGAGAAAUUCUUACCUUAGCUGUUGUUCUGAUCAAAAGUUGUGUUCAAUGGCAUUAAAACGAUAAACACGCUGCUGAAGGUUAA